AUGGAGAUUCCUGUCAUUGAACCAUUGAACCUGCACGGAAGCUUAUCAGAAAUCGAAGAGUGGGUAGAACGUUUCGAAUUAUGGUGCAGCAUCCGGAAAGGAGGAAUGCAAAAUCAGUCGGUCCUAUUUUUGAUGUUGGGUGGCCGAGAGCUGUUUUCCCUGGUGAAGAAUCUAUCGUUCCCGAAUGUUCCUGCUGAAUUGCCGUUCGAGAAGUUGAAAUCCCUCUUACUGGACCACAUUCUCCCAGUGAAUUUUCAGGCCACUGAAUGGGCCAAAUUCAACUCAGUGAUCAGAGCUGCCAACAAGCCGCGCCGUGAAUUCGUUCUCCAGCUGAACAAACAGGAGUCAAAUUGCAACUACGGUGACACAUUUGAAGAACUACUUUGGGACCGUCUCAUUGCUGGAAUCAAAAACACCUCAUUACAACGUUAG